AUGUGUGAUGACGACGAGACUACCGCCCUUGUGUGCGACAACGGCUCCGGUCUGGUGAAGGCUGGCUUUGCCGGAGAUGACGCACCUCGCGCUGUGUUCCCUUCCAUCGUUGGUCGCCCCCGUCAUCAGGUAAACUUCACAGCAUGAAAGUCAAUGAAACAUUUAUGAGGAUAUAUCAUACAUACAUCAAACUAGGCGUUUUUCCAGACUUAAUUGUCUAUACAUGAUGCAUUAACCUUGAUUAUCUGCUCACAAUUAUAUUUUACCUAACCACUAGACCAUUGAAUUGUGAAAGAAAGAAAGAAGAAAGACACAAAGAAAGAACAAUUAUGAAUGAAUGAAUGUCCUAUGCUAUUGUAGCUUACAACUAACUAUCUGGCCCUCUGUUUGACUUUGGGGAAUUGUGUUUUGACUAAGUUUCCUUUCUUCCCCUGCAGGGCGUGAUGGUGGGCAUGGGACAGAAGGACUCAUACGUGGGAGACGAGGCCCAGAGCAAGAGAGGUAUCCUGACCCUCAAGUACCCCAUCGAGCACGGCAUCAUCACCAACUGGGAUGACAUGGAGAAGAUCUGGCACCACACCUUCUACAACGAGCUGCGUGUGGCCCCUGAGGAGCACCCCACCCUGCUCACUGAGGCCCCCCUCAACCCCAAGGCCAACAGGGAGAAGAUGACCCAGAUCAUGUUUGAGACCUUCAACGUCCCUGCCAUGUACGUGGCCAUCCAGGCCGUGCUGUCCCUCUACGCCUCCGGCCGUACCACAGGUGAGAGCAGAGGAGAAAGGCUCCAUGCAUUAACAUUCAAUUCAGAUCCAGUGCAUUAUUGAGUCCUGUGCAACCUUUCAUUACAUGAAUCGUAGUUUACACCAUUAAGAUAAACAUAAAGCUGUUCAAUUGUAUUUCCAUGGUUUACAGAGUAUUCUACCUCAUGUUCUAGGUAUCGUGCUGGACUCUGGUGAUGGUGUGACCCACAACGUGCCCAUCUAUGAGGGUUACGCUCUGCCCCACGCCAUCAUGCGUCUGGAUCUGGCCGGUCGCGACCUCACUGACUACCUGAUGAAGAUCCUGACAGAGCGUGGCUACUCCUUCGUUACCACUGGUGAGUCCAUAAUUCCUGAGAAUAAAUGUAUUUGCUAUGUUUGAUAUUGAAUGGUACAGUCAUAAUUCGUUAUACACCUUCUCGACCAAACUGCUAAACUUUGAAUCUUCUAUUCUAACAGCCGAGCGUGAGAUCGUGCGUGACAUCAAGGAGAAGCUUUGCUACGUGGCCCUGGACUUUGAGAAUGAGAUGGCCACCGCUGCCUCCUCCUCCUCUCUAGAGAAGAGCUAUGAGCUGCCCGACGGUCAGGUCAUCACCAUCGGCAACGAGCGUUUCCGCUGCCCUGAGACCCUCUUCCAGCCUUCCUUCAUCGGUAGGUAUCUUAGAAGCAUUGUGCAUCUCAUUGUCCAAUCAAACCUAUUUGUACUUCUUUAAGAGACGAGAAAAUAUCCCCUGUGUGAUCUUAUAUAGCCUUUAUAGCAGCUACAUAAGACAUUAUACCAACUACUGCCAAACAGACUGUAUGUUUAUAUUGAAGCGGUGAGGGAGCUGUCCAUUUCAGCACCAGUUAGGCCUACAUGGGUGACUUCUCAUCCAGAGCAUUCGCUUACAACAUUUUCUCUUCUAUCUCACCAGGCAUGGAGUCUGCUGGUAUCCAUGAGACCACCUACAACAGCAUCAUGAAGUGCGACAUUGACAUCCGUAAGGACCUGUACGCCAACAACGUCCUGUCCGGCGGUACCACCAUGUACCCUGGUAUUGCUGACCGUAUGCAGAAGGAGAUCACUGCCCUGGCCCCCAGCACUAUGAAGAUAAAGGUAAAUAUUAUUCUCACUGAAGACCACAAACUGAACAUCUAAGACCAACCUGACCACAAUCUCACAGUGUGAGCCUACUAAUGACCAAUCACAGCCUACUAAUGACCAAUCACAGCCUACUAAUGACCAAUCACAGCCUACGAAUGACCAAUCACAGCCUACUAAUGACCAAUCACAGCCUACGAAUGACCAAUCACAGCCUACGAAUGACCAAUCACAGCCUACGAAUGACCAAUCACAGCCUACUAAUGACCAAUCACAGCCUACGAAUGACCAAUCACAGCCUACGAAUGACCAAUCAUAGCCUACUAAUGACCAAUCGCAGCCUACUAAUGACCAAUCACAGCCUACGAAUGACCAAUCACAGCCUACUAAUGACCAAUCACAGCCCAUGAAUGACCAAUCACAGCCUACGAAUGACCAAUCAUAGCCUACUAAUGACCAAUCGCAGCCUACGAAUGACCAAUCACAGCCUACUAAUGACCAAUCACAGUAACACCUAUAUUCUCCUUAUAAUGCAUUAUAUGCACAUUUCAACAAGUUCUGUACUGUAUGAUGCAUUAUAAUGCACUACAUAUUGAGGGGUUAUCCUCUUCCCCCUUCUCUAGAUCAUCGCUCCCCCCGAGCGUAAGUACUCGGUCUGGAUCGGCGGCUCCAUCCUGGCCUCUCUCUCCACCUUCCAGCAGAUGUGGAUCAGCAAGCAGGAGUACGACGAGGCUGGCCCCUCCAUCGUCCACAGGAAGUGCUUCUAA